CAUGCAUUUGUAGAUUUGGCUUCAGAGAUGGACUUGACCAAAGGUUUGACAUUACAUGGAGAAAUGAUGCAUGAUAAGCCAAUGAAGAUCGCCAAAGCGAAGGUCAAGAAUAUGGACAAGGUGCAGGUGAAAGCUCAGCAAAGGAACACAACGCCAAAGAUGACAGAUGCUUGAUUCUGAAGAACGUCCCGUACAACGCAACAAAAGAAGACAUUAUGAAAAUCUUCUGCCAGGCCGUCGAUGUUCAGUUUCCUGGUGGAGACGGAAGGCCCAACGACAGGCAUUGCCUUUGUGGAGUUUAAAGAGAAAACUAUUGCUCAGAAAGUACAGCAACAAAAGCAGAAAAUGAUGAUUCAAGGCCGGGUUUUGACCGUGGACUGUGUUAUAAAAGCAAAUCGGAAAGUCUUUAAAGCUAAAGACGACAAAGAAGACGCACAUGCUGCAGCUCCAAAUAACACCUUGUUGAGCAAUUUGCCUACCGAUAUAAAGGAGAACUUCCUCAAGAAAUUAUUUAAGACCGCUGUUAGUAUCAGCAUUCCUCAGUUGGACGGCAAAUCAAGGGGGUUUGCGUUUGUCGAGUUUGCAGCUGUGGCAGAUGCGGAACAGGUCUUGCAGUCAUCUCAAAAACCUAAAAUGUACAAGAAGGUCGUCGGAGUACAAUUCAGCCAAAUGCAAGCAAAUUCAGAGGAGAAAUGUCAAUCAAAAACACUGAUUGUGAUGGGCUUGGCCGAGAAUACGACUGCAGAGACUCUUAAAAGUGCCUUUGAAGGGUCUUGCAGCACAAGAGUCAAUCUUGAUACAAAUACAGGAGUUUCAAAAGGGUUUGGCUUUGUGGAGUUUGAGAGUGAAGACAACUGCAAAGCUGCCAAAGAAGCCAUGGAGGACUGUGAGAUCGAUGGCAGCAAAGUGACGGUGGCUUAUGCAAAAGCCCAGUCUGGAGAAGCUCCUCUGACACCUGGGGGACAGCCUGCAGCGCAGGGGGCUGGUGCAGAAGCUCCUUUGACACCUGGGGGACAGCCUGCAGCGGCAGGGGGCUGGUGGAGGCAAGAAAAGAGGCAAGAAACGUGGAGCUGGCAAACCACAGGAGGCUGUUAAAGAACUG